GUCGUAGCCAUAAUGGAAGAGGAAUCUUCCAAUAGGCAUAAGUUCCGAUCCCAAGCAUCUCUGCUCAAAUCUACACAUGUCCCCAUCCUACCCUCCAUUGAGGACACCACAACUAUAGACGACGCCUCGUCUUCCUUCCAUGAAUCGCUCGCUUCUUGGAGGGAACUCAAUCUCACUUUGUCUUUCACAGAGUUUGCAGAUGAGAUUGAUCCGCUUACAAAGUCUAUGAACCUACUGCUCCAUAACUGGCAACAAGUUAUCGGUAUCUGGAUCAACGCUUUUAAGAAGGCUGAGUUGGAUGCGCUGCAGGCAUUAUCCGAUCUAUUGAGUAAGCUCAUAUAUGAUCUACGCGCUACUCUCGUACCGGUUUACCAGCAACUCCUCGAUCAGCUAUUGAGCCGCCUAAACAAUAUAAUUCCACAACAAGCACUGCAAGCACUACUCAGCAGCCUCUCUUCUCUCUUCAAAUACAUCUUAGUUCCGUCUUCCGAACAUUCUCUCGUUUCAGAAACAUGGAUCAAGAUUGCGAGCUCUUUCAGGGAGGGCGGCGACAUCGGCAGACUGAUAGCAGAGGCAUGGGGAAAAACAAUUAGAAGGCUUCAGAGUUCCCAACGGGAGAAGCUGGUGGAAAGUAUGCUUGCAGAGGAAGGAGGGGAGUUUUGCGUUGCAGUGUCGUUGGUUGAGGGGAUGAAGUCCCCGAACCACGGUCACCCGCCGUCAGCACCUACCGUACUUCGCUCCAUUAUGUCCUACGUGGCCUCUCACUAUCACUCCGAUAUCCUCCUUCUUACCCUGAAGCGCGUCCUCACCUCAUUGCUACACCACACUACGCAAGCACAUUUCGGUCCCCUCAUGGACGCUCUCCUAGACGCACAAGGAUUAUUUGAAGGCGACGCCGUCCAGGAGUGGAUAUCCGUCAUCCGUGUACCCAUCACAGUACGAAAAGGGGCUCGUAUGCAAGAGACGCACCUCAAGCGCAUCAUCCCCAUCCUGUCCACCCUCCCAAUAUCACCAGGGCUGGUCCAUCUCUGCACCGCCUCUCUGAUCGCCUCUAACUUGCCAAUAUGGGCCAGCGAGGGGAAAAGGAUGCUCACCACGUUGUGGGAGAAGGACGACGCGACAUUCGCUGUGCUCGUUAGUCAAGCCCUAGUAGAAGCGCAAUGGAAAGGAUGGAUCACUUUCGGGCAGCCGCUAGUGCUGCUUCAUCACAAGACGAUCCUGGAAAAACAGCCAAUGCUUGCGCUAAGAUUAUUCGGAGAAUUGACCAGGCAGGGAAUGUUGCAAGACGUUGCUGGCGUGACAGGUGGACGAGGGCUUUUGGAGACACUAAGCACCUGGACUUCCGACCGACUUGCACGAUAUCAGUCCCCAACGAGAGACGAUAUCUGCGACCUAUCCAACAUCCUUAUCGUCUUACCGUUCCUACCAUCACGUUUCGACAUCGCGUCUCUCAUCCAAAAGCUUAUGUCCACUGAGGCAGCCAGAGAAGAAUGGGAACAGACACCUGCGAACCAGUCAUGGGCUUUAUCAGAAUGCCUGAAGUAUGCAGUAACUUCAGAACAAGUUGACGCCAUCGCCGCUUACGUUCCGACUAUAUUGAAGAAAUGGAACUGGAAUAUCCAGGUCAUGGAGGCGAUAGCCAGUGCAGUCACAGCCUCAAAGAAAGCCCUUCAUCCACGACCAGACAAAUCUGAUUUGCAAUUCGGCCUGCAUUCCCAGAGUCAUGGCAUGCGGACAGCAGUCCUACAGAUUUUGUGCUCAGGCGCUGCUGAUAUCAGCAAAGAAGACCUCGACGCGUAUAAGCAGUGUCUCAAUGCGGAAGAGGUUCCAUUAUCAAUGGAGAAGAUUCGAGAACGUGUAAUGAAAACAGAACACGUCAACAGCCUGGCAGCAGUGGAUUGGCUCGUCGCCCAGCUCAAGAUCAAUCUUCGACCGCUCUGGCAUCCAGCAUCUCAGACACUGGCGAAAAUCAUCCAGUCCCAUCCCGAUGAAGCAUGGGAGCAUUUGUUCCGACAACUCGAAACGAGUUCCUUGCGACCAGAAGAGCUGGUUGAACCGGACCCUCAAUGGUCCGCGUCAGCAAGUGACGAUCCUGUCGAUACUGAAGACGAGCGCACUUUUCGGGAUCCGAGCCUGGCCAAACUCGAUCGCCUCAUAGCGGACAUGUCCAAGCCAGGACACACGCAUGAGCUGGAAAGCCUUCGCAAAGCUCAGCUUGACCCAAAACGAUUGGAUGUGGCAAAUUUCGAGGGCCAACUUCUAAAAACUCUUGCCCUCAUGCCAAAUUUGGCAGAGAAGAACAAUCGGACGUUAAUCACUCUGCUCUUCCGAGUGAUCGGACAUGACGCGGAUGACGUGGCCAUCUCCAGUACCCGCGCCAUACCCCGUAGAAUACGCUCCCGCCUUGCCAACUGGCUCAACCUCUUGUCGAAAUUUUCGAACCCCCGGGCUUUAUAUCGCGGAUCAACACUGCAACAACUCUACUUGGGUUGCCUAUGCACACCGGAGUCCUCUCUGCAACGUUUAGCCAUCGAUUGUCUUCUGACCGACUCUAGUUCACCUUUGAAGUCGUACAGCGAGAAAUUGAGACUACUUCUUGAUGGCACCAAGUUUCGCGAUGAGCUGUCGUCUCUUAACCUUCAAGACCUCCCUGAUGAAACCCGGGCCGAAGUGGUUCCUAUUCUCAUGCACUUAUUAUACGGCGUGAUGAUCAGGAGAACAUCCAAGGGAAGGGCCCGGAGGAGAGCUAUCCUAGCGUCCUUGGCGACAUGUACCUCAGACGAAUUGCGAACAUUGGUCCUGCUGAUGCUCGAUCCGUUCCAGGGUGCAUUCGUCCAAUCCAUACCCGAAGUUUUCCGGUUCUCCGACGUGGAAGUCAGCGCUACAGGCACACAGCAAGUGGGUUACCUGCGUCUCUUGGGAGAUGUUCUCACAUACUUGGCUCCUGCUCUUCAACCAUACUGGCCCGCCCUGCUUUCCACGACCCUCGAGAUUUUACGCACAGCUCAGCAGAAGAUCGAUUUGACAGCUCAGUCACGUGACUUGGCAGACGAGAAUGCCGAAGCGGAAAGCGACGCAGGCUCAGAGUCCUCCACUCAUGGAGAUCCCACACGAUCAUACUACACUUCCCGUCAACUCGGUUUGAAAAGGGUCGCUGACUUUUGCAAACGUUGUCCCAACCUCGACUUAAGGCCAUAUUUGCCAGAAAUGUUCCGAACCUUGAUCUCCCCACGGCUUCUUCGUCUGCAGGUCGAAAACAGUCAAGCGCCUUCGGCUUUGAUGGGACUGUUUUAUACAUGGUCUGAGAAACCUGAUUGGUGCAUGUUUUUGGCUGAAUACAAUGCGCUGGUGAUCCCACGAAUUGCUGAGCUGCUCAACGCUGUCAAUGUGAAAUCCACAGUGACGUCUCAGGUGCUCGACAUUUUCGAUCAUAUCCUCGACUCGGCUGCCUCAAACGCCCCGGUGGCGGCUGCAGUGUUGUCUCCGAACGUUCAGUCUAUUCUUGCGUCCCUGUCAAAUUCCCUAUCGUCUUGCGGUCAGAAGCCCCCAAAUGAUAUUGUGAAGCGAGAAAUCAAUCUUCUCUCGAAAUUGGCUCCACAUGUGAUAGAUCCCACGCAUGCCGAACAGCUCGUUGUUGCUCUGAAACCCGUCUUGCACCACACCGGUAAACCUGUACAUGAACGAGUAGUUUCAGACGCGCUCCAGAUUUACGCCUCUGUCUCCAAACUGGUCCCACAGCUGCAGGAUCCAUUUUCCGCCUUUUUCGUCGACACGUACGAACAACUUGGCAAUCUGUUUCAGUCUGUACGGGAGCGACAAGCUCGAUUGAGUCUGGUCUCGGCAUUCAGGAGCUUAGUCGACUCACAUCCAAAAUAUGCCUUGAUCGGUGAACUCGUUGGCUCUCUGAACGCUUUUCUUAUAAACCGGCCAGAAGAGCCAGAUUUUGACCGUCGUCUUGCUGCCUUCAAUAUUAUCAACGAGACGCAGUAUCUCAUCAUGGGACACUUGCAAUGGGAGCCCAUCCUUUGGAACGCCAUAUAUUUCGUACAGGACACGGAAGAGCUUUCAAUUCGCAGUAAUGCUGCUUUCGUCAUUCGUCGUUUUAUUGAAAGGAUGAAAGAACAACCUAUUCCGGAGUUUCAGCUUGUUUUUACUCGCUUGAUUUACCCUGGACUUCGAAAGGCCCUCGCCUCAAAGUCGGAUCUCGUCAAGUCAGAAGUUCUUUCUUUGUUCGCCGUCGCGGCUGAGGGUUGUGAUUUCACUGUAACUCUGCGAGAGCUCCGAACUCUGUUGGCUGGCGGGGAUGAAGAAGCCAGUGUAUUGGCCAACCUUUUCCAUAUCCAAGUCCAUCGUCGUACUCGCGCUUUGAGACGGCUGGCAGAUCAUGUUCGGGCAGGCGACUUAGGCAGUGGAGUACUGACCGACGUUUUCAUCCCAUUGAUCAACCACUAUCUUAUCGAUGGCUCCGCGGAUCACCAGAUUCUGAACGAAUCGAUCACCUGUCUCGGCGUAAUUGCUACACGAUUGCCAUGGCGGUCAUAUUAUGCGCUUGUGCAACAGUACCUGCGCCUGGGUCGACGUAAAACUGUUGGCGAGAAGCUAUAUAUUCGUGCACUUAUCGUCAUCCUGGAGAAAUUCAGCUUCCCCUUAAAUGACCCAAUCGUAGCCGAUGGAGAAGAAGAUUUGGCAGACAUUGAACAGGACGAUAUUGGGAUGGAUACGGAAGAAGUUAUGGAACCUUCAACCAGUUUGAAGGUUGCCGAGGUUGCUCUUGAAACACAAUCUCCACAGGCAAAGCACAUUAUUGAGGUAGUGACGACACGACUUCUUCCUUCUCUACUGUCCUACAUGAAUGAUAGGACCGCCACAGAAGACGAAAUCCGGGUGCCGAUCGCCUAUGGUAUCAUCUGCAUCGCUCUCAAGCUGCCCGUGGACGACAGAGACCCACAGAUCACUCGCCUGCUUACGACCCUUUCACAAGUCCUCCGUAGUCGAUCUCACGAUACACGACAAUUGGCGCGGGAAACUCUGUUCAAGAUCGCCAUGGUAUUGGGUCCAGACUAUCUAUCCAAGAUUGUGCAGAGUUUACGUGAAGCACUGACUCGUGGGCCCCAACUCCAUGUUCUCGCGGUUUCUGUACAUGGGUUGCUGGUUCAUGUGACCCAGCCAACCCUUGCAUCUCCGUUCACGUCGAUGGACUCAAGCGCUGCCGGCAUUGCUCACGUCGCUUCCGAAGUAAUUUUUGGCCAGUCAGGCAAGGAUGUCAUGAAUGAGGGCUUCAAGACGACUUUCAGAGAAGUCCGCAGCUCGUCUUCGAAGGGUUUGGAGACAUUCCAGAUCAUCUCGCGCUAUGUUACUGUUGGGCAUGUCCGAGACGUUCUUGCACCUCUCCGCGCAAUCUUGCAGUCGACAGAUACCCAGAAGACCGUCCAUCUCGUUAAUGACGUUCUGCAUCGCAUUGCCACUGGACUGAAUUCCAACCAGCACCUCUCAGCUGAGGAUGUGCUCAGUUUAUGUCAUACCCUCAUCACCCAGCGCAUCAAGCUUGCCGACGAAUCUACGCCUAAAGCGGCUAAUGGAAAACAUAUCGCAUCAGACUUUGCAGUUCAAAUGAACCGCAAGAUGGCAGAGCCUACCGUAGUUCAAGCAGAUAACCUGCAAAAAUUCGUUGCUUUCGGUCUGGAUCUCCUUCUGACAGCCUUUCGACGCAAUCGGUUUGACCUCAAGGAUGAAGGCAUUGUCAUAAGAUUGGAGCCUAUGGUACCCUUGAUUGGCGAAGCUCUCUAUGCAGAUGAUGCUCAAGUUGCUAUAGCGAGCAUAAAGGCGUCAGCCGCGAUCUUGAAGUGUCCUCUUCGCUCCGCCGAAAAGAGCUUAGGUGUUUUUGUCAAGAGGCUCUUGAAUCUUGUCCGGAGAUCAGGUAGCCUGGACGCACAAGUAGCGCAGACAGCCCUCAAGUCCCUCGCAACUAUUCUUCGAGAUUGUGGGAAAGCCAAGAUUGUCGAAUCUGACUUAAAGUAUCUCCUUGAGUUGAUCGGACCAGAGCUCGAGGAACCUGAACGACAAUCGACGGCAUUCACAUUGCUGCGCUCCGUCAUAGCUCGACAAUUCGUUGCGCCUGAAAUAUAUGACUUGAUGGAUCAAGUAUUCGAUGCUCUGGUAACGAAUCAAUCUGCCCAAGUGCGGGAAGCAUGCAGAGGCAUUGCUCUGCAGUUCCUGCUAGACUACCCGCAAGGCAAAGGUCGCCUGCGCAAGCAUAUGGCAUUCCUGGCGACCAAUCUGUCUUAUGAGUUCGAGAGCGGACGACUGUCCGUCAUGGAAUUGCUCGGUGCUGUUCUCGAGAAGUUCCAGCCAGAUCUUCUGCGUGAUUACGUCGAUAUGAUCUUCGCAGCUCUGGUCAUGGACUUGGCGAAUGACGACUCUGCAAACUGCCGGGAGAUGGGCGCAGCAUUAAUCAAAAAGCUUUUCGGCCGCAUAGAGCGACAGCAACAGCAGACCGUUUUUACAAGAGUGCACCUGUGGAUUAAUCAAGUUGAUCAACCAGAGCUACCCGCUGUUGCCGCACAAGUCUAUGGUCUGCUAAUGGAUUCGUCUAGCCCGGCACUGGAGAAGGCAUCCGUUGUUGUUUUGCAAGAUCUCAUUGACGUCAUUGUCCGAAGUGAGAAAGACUUCAAGCUUAUGGAACAGGACGAGGGUGACAUGCAGGUCGAUCUGGACUGGCGAGCUGCCUAUCAUGCGUUGGCCUCUUUAGCCAAGCUCUGUCAACUCUAUCCUGCUCUCGCCUCAUCGACAGCCAUCCCACUGGAGCUUGUCGUGUCCCUCUUCCUCUUCCCACACGGCUGGGUGCGCCUGGCAGCCGCGCGCCUCGCGUUGCUGGUACUUUCUGCAACCACUCAGAACGAGAAGAACCUGCAGACGCUCGGGAGGGAUCGCCUUCCUCUGCUUGUGGACGUCGCUCGCCUCUCAACACUACAGCUGCGAAGUGACAACCUCAAUGCUGACCAUAGUUUGCAAAUCGUCAAGAAUCUCCUUUUCGUUGGAAAAUGCUUUGGUACCAUUUCGGUUCUUCCGAAGCCAGUUCCCGAAGACAUCCCGGCAUCCGGUGAGGACGACGACGAAGACGAAGCAGAUGAGGAAGAAGCAAAUGAAGACGAUUCAACCGCAUCGAUACUCGCCAACCCGCUCGCAUGGCUCUUCACCCGCCUCUCCUUCCAGCUUCGGCGUGCACACACCUCUCGCACACGUACGUCCAGCAUCUCCGCGUCCCUUUCCUCCUCCAGCUGGUCACAGCACCCUUUGGCCGUCCUCCGCUGGCUUGCGGGUAUGUCUGCACAUCUUGAACCGGAGGUGUUGAAAGGGUUCUUGCCCCACAUCUUGGGCCCUCUGUACAGGAUCAUGGAGGACGACAACAUAAGGGACAAGGAGAUGGACGAGCUGAAAACACUCGGAAGGGACCUUCAAGAUCUCCUCCAGCAAAAGGUGGGGACGACAGUGUUUGCGAACUCAUACAAUGCGGUGCGGCAACGGGUGGGGGAGGUGAGGCGAGAGCGGAAGGAGAAACGGGUGGUGAGGGAGAUGACGGCUCCGGAAGCGGCGGCGAGGGAUAGGCAGCGGAGGAAUACUAUGAAGGAGAGAGGGAAGAAGAGGAAGGCCGCGAUGCAUGCUGAGGCACGGGGACGGUUACCGGGAAAGCGAAGGAGAGUCAACUGAGUGCUGGAUUGAUAGAGCAGAUUGGAUAUCCGCCAUUGGAUACUGUACCAUACUGCAUAG